AUUCCGUCGUCUAAGAUCGGAAUUAUCGAGGAUCCAUUAUGGUUCCGGAAUCAUCAUCAAUAAGUUUUUCUGGAGAUGAUUUUGAAUUCGAUAUUGAUUUCGAAUUCGAUGCACCGAGGUUCUAUGAUUUCUCUAGACCUGAACUUGAUUCCGAGACUGAAGAAAUCGAAACCUGGUUUCAAUCCUCUGGAAACUAUCCUCCUUCACCUUUUAGCCCAAAGUUCAAUUGGAAAUUUGAGCCGUUUAAGCAAAUUACAAAUACCAUAUCAGACUCUAAGCCUGUGGAGAUCAUUGAAUCCUCCUUGGAUACCGAUGAUACCGGUCUCAAUCGCAAAGAUAAAUUCAACGGGUUCAUAUAUUACAACCAAACCGUUAAAGAUGUGACCAAGACAAAAUCGAAAUCUAAAACCAAACCAAGUAACUCUACUUUGACAAGACCUACGGCUUCUUUGCUUGCAAGGCAGAACAAACCAUUAGAUAUUUACUCUGUUCAACUGCUGACAAGAUGUCAGAGAUCAUUAGCCAAGUUUGGUGAAAAUGUAUCUCCAAUCUUAGUCUCUAAGUUAAAAAACCAAGACACCAAAAGGCAAAAAAUGGAAGCUAAGAUGGCUCCUGUUAGCAGAAGAACCAAACUCACUGUUCCAAAGGAACCAAAUCUUAGAACUGCAGAAAGAUCUGAAAGACACAGGUCUAAGGUUAACACAGAGACCGAGCAGAUUGCGACAUCAAGUUCUAAAAGACACAUUAGGAACAAAAAUAUUACUCUGGAACCUUCUUCAACAUCUUUACCCAAAAGUAAUACACCACGGUCCAAAGAUCUUCAGGCAUUUCGUCUAAGAACAUCACUGAGAGCAAAGGAACGCUCUUCAAAUGCUAAAACCGAUGUCAUACAAGAGAAUGAUGCUACUAACUCCAGAACAUUAAUGUCCAUUGAUUCCUCAAAAACUAGGAUAGUCAAAGAAAAUCACAGCAGAAAGAUAACUUGCCAAGUGUAUGAAUCUAAAACUUCCCCUCUAGACCCAAAGAGAUCAAGCAAAGAAGAAUUGGGUGAAGCAAUCCGCAUCGAAUAUGGAAAUCAGAGCUCAUGCAGGACAGAUAUUAAUAGGAGCCUGGAUUUGUGCCGGAAAUUCGAUUCACAGGAAGUUGCAAGGAACCUAAUCACUGCAUAAUCUUCACCUUGAAGAUGUUCUUUCAUGUUUUAUACAUGUAACACUUCCUAUGUCUAUAUAUAAGUAAACGUGUAAACUUGUUUAGAUAUAUGCAUAGAGAAAGAGAUUUUUUAAUAAAUUUUUCGUUGUUGG